UACUUCAAAAUUGUAGCCUACUUAAGUACAGUACUUGAGUAAAUGUGCUCAGUUACAUUCCCCUAUUGUUAUCUUUAAUGCAUUGAAUAACUUGUUUUCUAAAUAAGGAAAUAAGGAAAUUAUGAAUUAUAUUAUAUUAUAAAUACAUUUCCGAUGAAGACAAUAAGAUGCCAGAUUGCAUUCAAAAUGGGUGGACCCCCCCCCUGCCCUUACCGAGGCCACAGAGGGUGAGGUGCUAUGGAGGUGCAGCUGCACCACAUUGUUUGGCUGCGGUGGUGACGCGCGUGCACUCCGGUCCGACAGAUGGAGGUGUGCCUACGACAGUUGCAAUGCUCAACCCACAGCGGAAGCAAAGGUAUUUUUGGAUUGGCGUGUUUAAGUCUUGCGACACUUGUGGACGCAGCCGGUAGCGUCAAACCCUUGUGCAAGCCGCACAAGGUCAGCGGCCCGUGCGUGAACUGCUGCUGUCAGCUGGCCGCGACUUGCAGUCCGUUAGGAGAGCACGUUGUAGAAGCAACGACAGAGCCGAUCCCGUUCUUUAGUCCCGAUCAUCAAUAACUCAGACCUUAAGUUGCCUCAGAGAUGGCCAGAGGAAGCCGCAGCCACCACUCAGCUCCAGCCAGCCCAGCUGUAUCCCAUGCUCCGGCCCCCGCUCAUCCACCUCCCGCUGCGCUGGCCCCGGCUCCAGCUCAGUCCCAGGGUCCGGGCCUCAUGGCCCAGAUGGCUACCACAGCUGCUGGGGUGGCAGUAGGCUCAGCUGUGGGCCACGUCCUUGUCAGCGCCCUGACAGGACCAAGUGGUGGAAGCAGCAGCGCAGAGCCAGCCAAGCCCACUUACCAGGAGCCCCCCCGGCCUGCUCCAGCCCAGCCAGGCCCAUGUCACUUUGAGGUCAAACAGUUCCUCGACUGUGCCACCAACCAGUCAGACCUGAGUCUAUGUGAGGGCUUCAAUGAGGCGCUCAAACAGUGCAAGUUCUCCCGCGGUGUGACAUCACUGGUGUGAAUGAUGGCCAUCAGCGGUCGUGACGGACAUACUUCAAUAAUGAAACAUACUGUAGACAUGACCACAUAACACAAAAAUGUGAACGUGUACCUCAGGCGGUGAGCAUGUUGGUUUUUGUUGAUGGAUGACAGUGUAAUGUAUGAAAUGUUUUUAGCAUGUACAGUGAUUCAACUCUUAAUAAAUAGCUGCUAUCUACUUGCA